CUGUCAAUGUAAAUGAGACGUUGAAUAUUGUAUUGAACUUUCUUCUGAAAGUUUUGUAGAUUUGAUUCUUUUCGAAUUGAGUCAUUGGAAUUUUUCAUUCUCCUCGAAGCGGAUUUUCUUUCUCGAUUCUAUUUUUUCUUUAUUUUAUAAAUUACCCAAAAUUGUGCACGUAACCGUUGGUAUCAAAGUCGGCGAUUCUAUUAAUGACUACUUCAUCAAAGAUUUUGAAGGUGAUGCAUGAUGAUUUUCAAAAAAUGGUUCAACAAAUUUAUUGAGCAAAAUCUACGCAUGAAAGAGGGCUUCAACAAAGUUGGAGAAAUUCCUCGAGAAGAAAAAUCCAAAACCAGUAAUGCUAAGGCUCGGCUAGCAACAUAUUGCGUUGAGGGAGAUGUGCAGUUAUGGUGUGAACUACCAAAGAUAAACAAAGAGAUGCCGACUUGUGACUUGUUCAAGAAAGAGUUGCAAGAACAUGAGUUACUCAUGUGGGAAUUGUUUAAAGAAUUGUUACAGUUUGGUCCAAUCCAAUUUAUUCUUUAUGAAGUAAAGUUUUAGUCUCAACUUGAAGCAAGGAAGUUGAUUGAUCACAUCACUUGUUACAAGGCUAUGGAAUUUGGUUGCCGGCCGCUUUUUUGUAUAUGAUGAAUCAAAUUUUGAGGACAAAGUUUGUUUCGAAUGGGAAUAGAAUGUUAUGUACACACUUUUAAUAUAUUUUUGUAUAAUAUUAGAGUAAUUAAUAGGAAGUUAUUUUAGUAAGUGGAUUUGUAAUUGAGUAUUUUGUGGGUAGUUUUCUAAAUGGU